GCGUUAAGGUAAAUUAAUGGAACAAGGAAUGGGAAAGCAGCUUUUGGCCUAUUGGCUGCAAGCCUGCAACGCACUCACACCAACAAAACCGGAAAAAGGGAAAAUCUACAAAUGGCUGCCUUCUUUCUUCUUCCUCCAACUUCCACUUCCACUUCCACUUCCACUACCGUCUUCCAUUCCUCUGCCUCCUAUCACCAACAUAGUUUACAGUUUUCACCAAUUUCGUCAAAUGCUAAUUAAUUGAAUUUCAAUUUCAAUUCAGCUUUCAUCGUCCGAAGCUAAUCUUCUCCAUCUACGUAGAUGAUUUGUAUUGUAAUCGAUGGCGAAGCUUUGAGUUUACUUCAUGGUGAAAUCUUGUAAGUUUCUUUUGAAGAGUUGGUGUCAAGUUUGGUUUUCUUCAUGAGAAGCUACUUUAAUUUUGAGUGUGUGCAUGUUUUAUAAGAAAUAUUUUUAGUUUUUAUCGUAGAUUGUAGUUGGAAGCAACCUCUAGGGUUCUAAUGGAUUCGGAUCUUCAUAAUCAACGGCAACAACAGCAACAGAAAUUGCAGCAGCAGCAGCAGGGGCAACAAACUAUGAACUCUGGUUUGACGCGAUACAGAUCAGCACCGAGUUCGUAUUUCUCGAAUUUGAUAAACAGUGGCAUGUAUGAAGACGAAGACGUUGACCCAUUCUUCAACCCUCGGUCUUCAAGCCCUGAAACUGAACGCAUUUUAUCGAGAUUAAUCUCCGGGGAUGGUGAUAAUUCAAGCUCUCAUCAGAAUAUAGGUCAAAUUCGGGGAAACGACCCCCCAUUUAUGGAUCCUAUGAAGCAGGAACGAGCGAAUUUUACAUAUCAGUCUCAACAGCAACAGAUGAUGUACCAAAACCACCAGCAAGCCGAUCAUAAUCAUAACUCGGUUGUUUCUGGUUCUAGCUCCGCCUUGGUUGACCCGUUAGCGGCCAUGAAUCCUCCAACGAACCUUCUUCGUCAGAGUAGUUCACCAGCUGGAUUCUUCGAACACGUUAAUAUGGGCAAUGGUUACUCCGCGAUGAGAUCCAUGGAUAAAUUUCGAACUGAUGAUGGCAGUGUACCAGAUUUAUCAAAGGGGUUUGAAAAUCGAAUGGCUUUCUCAUCAGUUUCACAUUCAUCUUCUAGACCACUGUCUCUUAUCCCUGAAAACGAAGGCAAAACCAUGGGAAUGAGUGGUGCUGGUGCACACAACAAUGGAGGUUUUGGUCAAACUCAUCCAAGAUCUAGUGGUUAUGGCUUCCCUGGUGGUUCUUGGGAUGAACCAGCAAUGUUAACUGAUGAAUUCAUGAAAGAGCUUGGGGAAAGCGAUCAAAUAAGUUCAACAGAAAAUCAGCAGAAUGAUGAAAGGAGAAUCCAUGCUUCCAGUGGUUUGAGUCAUCAACUGAGUUUACCAACGAGUUCCUCUGAGUUAUCUGUCAUGGAAAAAUUACUGCAGUUCCAAGACAAUGUGCCUUUAAGGAGCAGAGCUAAAAGGGGUUGUGCCACCCAUCCAAGAAGCAUAGCCGAAAGGGUAAGGCGAACACGAAUAAGUGAAAGAAUGAGAAAGCUACAAGAGCUUGUUCCUAAUAUGGAUAAGCAAACAAACACAGCAGACAUGUUGGAUUUGGCUGUGGAUUACAUCAAAGAACUUCAAAAACAAGUUGAGAAGCUUUCAGAUCAUCAUGCAAAGUGCACAUGUCCAAAUAAGCAGGAAAUCUAACGCAAGUCUUAAGCGUAUAGGUAGAUCUCGCUUCUGUAUAUAAACGAAAGGAGUAGAAGAUGAAACUUAUUGUAUUUAUUUUAGUAAUGACAUAGAACAGAUUAAGAAUAAGAAAACUCCAUUUGUUGUGUAACAUUAACCCAAUUGUGCAGUCAAUUUAAAGUAAAUGUAACCGAGGUUGUAAUUAUUAUUAAGAUCAAAAUGCAACCAAACCCUAGUAUAGAAUUAUAUA